ACUAGCACAAGUUGUCUGUUAAAAAACAUCUCUCCUCCCUUAGACAACAUUUGCUUUGUGAAUUUCUUUGAUGUGAGUCACUGGUUAUAGUUUGGAAGAUUCCAUCAGUUUUAAUAACGAAAAUCCAAUCAACCGGUCUACAUUCAGCAUCACAAUCCUGCCGUACCCCAUCGCGUAACGUGAACCAAGAGUUUUUGUCCCAGCGCCAGCAAAACAAAUUUAUUAAAACAUAAUGUCGUCACGCAAGACCGCCGGACGUCGUGGUACGACAAAGAAGCGCGCUCAGCGUGCCACAUCGAACGUCUUCGCGAUGUUCGAUCAGGCACAGAUCGCCGAGUUCAAGGAGGCAUUCAACAUGAUCGACCAAAAUCGCGAUGGUUUCAUUGAGAAGGACGAUCUGCACGAUAUGCUGGCGUCGCUGGGCAAAAAUCCGACGGAGGAGUAUCUGGAAGGCAUGAUGAACGAAGCACCCGGACCGAUCAACUUCACAAUGUUCCUGACGCUGUUCGGCGAACGGCUGCAGGGUACCGACCCGGAGGAGGUCAUCAAGAACGCUUUCGGGUGCUUUGACGAGGAGAACGCGGGCGUCAUGAACGAGGAUCGGCUGCGCGAGCUGCUAACUACGAUGGGCGACCGCUUCACCGACGAAGAGGUGGACGAAAUGCUGCGCGAAGCGCCCAUCAAGGACGGUCUAUUCGAUUACAUCGAGUUCACCCGUAUCCUGAAGCACGGGGCCAAAGAUAAGGACGAGCAGUAGAUCGAUCCACUUUAUGGAUCAAAUUACAGUAGAAGCAUAGAAAUCUCCACCCAUGGCCCCUCAAACCAUAUUGCCCCCAAAUGUGCAUCCUCUAACUAUUUGUGUUUUGUCCGUUAUAAUGAUUCGUUUGCAUUUGCCAAUACUUUCCAAUGUGUAACAUUAUUCCAUGCUUACAUUCGCAAAUUACAAGUUUUAAUAAAAUUUUACCGUAAAGGAGUGUGUAAACAAUUGAUUUACAUCGUGUACAGAACUCGCAAACAAAACUAA